UUUAUUUUUAUUUUCCCAACAGUAUUGGAAGAUUCAUUGAAGUUAUUUAACCGUUUUUAAAUAAGCAGACAGAGCAUCCUGAAACUACGAAGAGGACAGCUGCGUCCAGUUGCGGACAGAGUUUACAGUAGAGAUAGUCUAGAAGAAACAUCAGGUGAGAGACGAGCGUGUUUUAUUUGAAAAAAUUCGCCCGAUCGACAGUAUUUUCUCGAGGCCAUUUUCCCGAGGUGCAUCUUUAAACAGCUAGAGAUUUUGGCGACCCAAAGGAGAUAUUAUAUAAAGAUAUGCUCAUCCCUAUUUCUGGCGGGCCAUUAGAUGACACAACAGGGACCGGGUUGUUCCGCCCUUGUGUUGGCCCUGAAACCAACUCCACGACUGCGGUAAUUCUGCCCAGACAGUGUGCGGACAACACCCUGUGCGUCAGGAACUUCCUUUUCUUUUUCGCUUCCUUAUCAUACCAAGUGUGCUUGUGUCCGAUGACCACAGUCCCAACAUCACCUCCAGGAUCAGGGUGCACACCAAUCCAAGGCAGUGCCUGUACUUCAAGUGCUGAAUGUGCUUUCCGACCCUACGACUGCGUUGGGUUAACUUACUGGAAUAUAGAUACCACCCUCAAAGACUUUCUAACACCGCUGGUGUUCUAUAUCUGCAGUAACACUAUUGAGUUCCGGGUAGUGAUACCCAACUAUGCGUGUGUUGCCAACGCGUGCGUCUUUGUUGGGCUGUCGUCGGGUCUUCCAGACGGCAUCCCUGGAGUCCCCGGCUUUGGGAGGAAAAAGAGAAAUGUGGGCGAUUUGCGUCGCGAUGGGGACGCAGGCAAAGUUGAUCCCACGGCAGUGUGGCUGAGCGCGCUGGAAACUAUGGGGCAAGAGGCGUCUCGUGUUCAAGAUGAUGAGACCAAACCAGACGCUCACCUUGAAGUCAAGCGGAGAAGCGUAUCUGCGUUGUCGGGUUCGACUUCCAACGAAGAGUGUGUUACGUCUACCAUGAUAAACAUAUUUACUGAGCUCAUAGUUGGGGUAAAACCCAUGUUUAACUUACAAUGUACGAUGCCACCGUACUAACGUAUUGCGGUUGUAUUUAGUCUUUUAUCUAGUCUUUAAAAUGAUGUAAUGGAAUCAAGUGCCUUCUACAAAAAAUAAAAGGGUAGAUAAACGGAUUAAUAUUUAAGGACUAUGCAACUGUGGUAUUGCUUACAGUGCAGUAUAUGUAUGAUACAGUACCUUAGAGUGUCUCUGCUUUCUUUUCUUUUAUUCAUUUAUUUAUUUUGCCAUAUAUAUAAUAAAUUGUAAUCAGAAACAGAUAAACUUUACACACGUAAAAGUAAACGUGUGGUCAAAACAGAGACAAAGAGUAGAAAUGAUUGUGUUCAUAUGAAAAAAGAGAGGUUGUGAAUGAAUGAA